UAGGUAGAGAAAGUUCACUCAAAAGUACUGAGAACGAAAAAAGUAUGGAUACUUCAUCAGAGAAAACUGCCACUUCUUCUUCAAAUUCAAAAGAUGAAACGAUAAUUAUAGCUCAACAACUGAAAAUGCAAUUUCACGGCACCAGAAAAGGGGAUCUCGAAACCAUAGAUUCAUAUGUCAAAAAGUUGAAAUCCACAGCUAAUUCUUUAACAGCAAUCGGCAAUCCAAUUUCAGAUCCAGAUUUGGUUUUGCAACUUCUUGCUGGUUUGCCUCCUCAAUACUUGCUCCUCAAAAACACGAUCUCCUCACAGUUACCUCUCCCAAAUUUCUCAGAGGCUUGUUCCAUGCUUUACGAAUACGAGAAAACAACAUCAACUCCGCCUCCUGAUGCAGCUGGUGAAAAUAAUACUAAUAGUAAUACUGGUAAGAGUACUAUGGAGAUGAUCCAUGAUAUAGCAAGUACAGUAACAACUGUAGCUUCAAUAGGUCGCGAAUUUUGGAAUGCGGUUGCACCCUGGUCUGGUAGUCGUUCUUCAGGAACACCAACAAAGGCGACUCCAGGUCCGGGAAAUAAGAAAAAUGGAUCUACCGGAGGAAGAGGAAGAGGAAGAGGAAGGGGAAACAAUAAUAGAGGCAGAGGCGGAGGCGGAGGCAGAGGCAGAGGAGGCACUUCUUCUUCUGCUGGAAAAUAGUAUUAUAGUACUUAAAUGUGUUCUUUAACUUUAUCUCAAUUGUUAUCAAUGUCCUACGAAUUCAUGUCAUACUACAAUGAGUGUAUUUCACGCGAAUUAUAUAUAUCUACUUAUUU